AGCUUUAUCCAUAGCAUCGUCAACAAAGUAAGUUCAAAUCAAAGACGCCUUCUGAGAUUCGUGACCUCCAAGAAUAUAUUGAAAAGGAAGAAAAUGUUGACAAUUCUACGUCAUGCCACACGCAAAAGAGUAAGAGCAACACUUAUUAAACCCCCACCGAAUCUACUCCAAAUCUCAUCCACUUCAGUAAACAGUCACACUUACACUAUCACACAGCAUUACUCUCACUCAACAACAAUGUUGCCGCCAGCGGGAACCAUCGUAUUCAACACCGUCGGAAGAGUCCAAUACGGUUUCGACGUUUUCUCUGUCGACCUCAAUCACCAACAGCCUCCGCCCCACGCCACCGCAGACCACCGCCUCACCGACGGUGUCUCGAUUAACUUCAACGCACAAUUCAUUAACCCCCAAAACGACGUCGUCUUCGUAUCCGAAAGAACCGGGUCGCCCCGCUUCUACAUUACAAAACCCGACACUAAACCCCAGCCUUUACCCUUUCUGCCCAACGCUCUCUUCCACGAUCGCCCAAUCGUUAAAAACGGAAAGCUCUACUUCGUUUCCACGCACGAAGAAAACGACGCCGUUUUCACUAGCUGGAGCGCCGUUUACUCCACCGCCAUAGAUGACUCCACCGCCACCGUCAAGAGACUCACCCCGCGCGGCGAGGUGGACUACAGCCCCGCCGUCUCCCUCACCGGGAAAUUCCUCGGCGUCGCUUCUUACCGCUCUCGCCGCUGGCAAACCAACGAUUUCCGCGAACUCCAAACGGAGAUCGUCGUUUUCCCCGAGUCCGAUCCAAAAAACCGAGUCACGGUGAGCGAGCGCGGUGGCUGGCCAUCGUGGUCCCAAGAUUCAACCAUUUUCUUCCACCGAAUCGCCGAAGAUGGAUGGUGGAGCAUCUUCCGCGUCGAUUUAACCGAUUCCGAACUUUCAGAAUCUCGAAACUCGCCGAUUCGCGUCACGCCGCCGGGGUUGCACUGUUUCACUCCGGCAGCUUUCCACGACGGAAAGCGCGUCGCGGUCGCAACUCGCCGGAGAGAAAGCAAUUUAAGGCACGUCGAAAUCUUCGAUCUCGAAUCGCAAACGUUCCAACGAAUCACCGAAGACAUAAACCCUAACUUUAACCAUUACAACCCGUUCGUCUCGUUGGACUCUCGCCACCUCGGGUACCACCGAUUCCGAGGCGAGUCGAUUCAGGGCGAGCCAAUAUACCCGCACCUCGACAAAGUCCUCUCUCCGGUUCGCGACCUACAGUUACUCAGACUCAACGGUUCGUUUCCCACCUUCUCCCCCGACGGCGAUUUCAUCGCUUUCAACCACGGCUUAGACGGCAACGUUAACGGCGGCGUUAAAAUCGUUAAAUCGAACGGUUCCAAACGCUGGACGUUGCUCAAAGGACGAACGUGCUUCCACAACGCGUGGAGCCCAACGGAGAAGAACGUGAUAUACACCUCCGUCGGUCCAAUCUUCGAGUCGGUUUAUAAAACGGUUCAAAUCGCGCGCAUCGAGUUCGACCCGGUUCAUUUAACUAACGACCGUGAAGAGGUUCCGUUUAAGUUAACGAUUCUCACGAGAGAAGACACAGGGAACAAUGCUUUUCCGUCAUGCUCCCCUGACGGGAAGAGCAUUGUGUUUCGGUCUGGAAGGGAAGGAUACAAGAACUUGUACAUAGUUGACGCUGUUAAAGGGGAGUUUGACGGCGGGAUAAGGAGGUUGACGGAGGGGGAGUGGAUCGAUACGAUGCCGUGUUGGUCGCCGAAAGGGGAUUUGAUAGCGUUUUCAUCGAACAGGCAUGACCCUAAGAAUAGUGAGGUGUUUGGGAUAUAUUUGGUGGGGCCAAAUGGGAGUGGGUUGAGGAGGGUUGAGGUGGCAAAGGGGGUCGAAGGAAUGAAAGAGAGGUUGAACCACGUGUGCUUCAGCCGCGACGGAGAGUGGUUGCUGUUCACGGCGAACUUGGGUGGCGUGAGUGCGGAGCCGGUGGGGCUGCCGAACCAGUUUCAGCCGUAUGGGGAUUUGUAUGUGGUGAGGUUGGAUGGGAGUGGGUUGAGGAGGCUGACGUGUAAUGCGUAUGAGAAUGGGACGCCCACGUGGCACCAUGGGGAUUUGGCGCUGUGUGCUCCUAGAGAAGAUGAUGGCGAAGGAGGUCAGGAUUGGGAUAAGUUGAAGGGUGAGUUUCAAGAACCACUUUGGAUCACGUGUGAUAUUUGAAUUCAUCACCAGUGUUCCACUGGUAUGUAAAUUACUUGUAAUGUAACGUGUGGCCAUGGCAAAAUAAAUUUGGGUUUCUUUUGCUAAUUUCUGGCUUUCCAAACUGAGAAAGCGUUUACUAGUAUUAUAAGCCUGUAGUGCCAUUUGAUUGUCAUAUUAAAUUUUACUAAAUCAGGGAUACAAUUAUUAGGAGUAGCGCUCUUGUAAUGAUUGAGAAGUUAGUAAAUUUUGGCUUCUCUUGA